UUGUUAGUGAAGCCUGACAUGAUACAGUAGCCUUACAAUACAUACAUUUAUGUAAUUCCAUAGACAGGCAAGUGAGAGGCGCUAUAGGGCUCUGUAGAAAACAGAAAGUAAAGGGGAGGAGCGGUAUCGGGAGUAAAGUAGCCACACGGUGUGUCGCUCUGACCAAGCAUUCGCUUGCAUCUGAGAGCCGACGCUGUGCAAAGAGCGGAUAAAGACGCGUUCUGUGGCAUCUGCCAAGUCCCUACGCUGGCAAUAGGGAAGAGGUUACAGAAGCCGGGAAAGGACUGGACAACCGACACACAAAAGACGGGCUAGAAGAAAAGACAGUGCUAUACAUUUAGCCGUAAAAUGAAACAUCAGUAUUUGCUGGAUAAAGACAGCAGUAACGCAUAACCGUUUCUAUCGAAACAAGGACAAACGCCGGGGAGAGAAUCUGAGACUACAGGGGAGGUGAAGACUGCAAUACUCAAAAGAUCUCAUUUGUCUGUGAUGAGCAUCACCAUCCACCAGAGACCAAAGACGAGAUCAUGAAGUCAGGCCUGAAUCCCUUCAUCUGCAUUAAAGGAGACUAACAGCCUGGUGAUUCUGAGCCGCUGACCCCUGUCGAUCCCUCUGAGAGGAAGAGGAAGUGAUGUCACGCCACCACCACCGCUUCGAGAGGGACUACCGGGGAUCGUGGGAGCGCAGAGACGUCCGACCGUCCGCCCCCCACAACGGAGGAGCCAAUCACAGCUGUGCCGCCGCCGUCGUCAACGGAAACAACCGACCAGGGCUCCUCCCUCUUCCCCUUAUUUCCUCCCUCCUCCCCACCCCAGUAACAGUUGCUGUGACAACGUCCAGCGGUGACAUGGUCGUCAAGCGUGGGGUGUCGAUCGCCGGAUCGGUUACUGCUGCUUCUGUGAAGGUGUCGGGGCUGUCUCCUGGAGAGAGCCAGGCUCCAGGUCUGCUGCUGGCCCCGGGGGUGCGGUGGGGCCAGACGCCCAUCAACCAGCUCACACCCUGGGAGACAGACGAGCCCCCCAACAAGCAGCACCGGGACAGCGAGCCCACCGGUCCUCCAUGGGUUCCUCCAGUAGCAGCAGUGAGCCAGCCUAGCCUGCUCCCCCACUCCUACGCCCUCGCCCAGCCCCCCUCCUUCAGUCACAGUGUAACAGUCCAGUCCCCCAUCAUAGGGGUGACCCCUUCCAUCCAGACCCCCAUGCCCCCCCACCACCCCCUGAUGACAGCUCACUUCCAGCUACCCCCUCACUCCUCCCAGCAACCCCCCUCCAUGGUGCUUAGUAUGCCCAACCAGCCUCCCUACCCCUCAGCCCAGCACCCCGUCGCCCCCUCGCCCCUCACAGCCGCCAGCCAGGUGGUCCACCCAAACCCCCACAGCGUGAUGGGCAACGGCCACCUAACCCCCCACCCCAAUCUGCCCCUCAUCCAGCCCCCCGCACUGCCCAUGACCAAUGGUCAGUCGGCACCUCAGACCCAGCCCACAGCAUCGGCCAAUCAGGACGGUCCUAAUGGGCUGCAGAUGCUGCGAACGGUUGGAAUGGGGAAGUACGAGUUCACGGACCCCGGACAUCCCAAAGAGAUGUUGAAGGAGUUGAACCAACAACGCAGAGCGAAAGAGUUUACAGACCUGAAAAUAAUUGUUGAAGGCAAAGAGUUUGAAGUCCACCAAAAUGUUCUAGCUUCCUGCAGCUUGUAUUUCAAGGACCUGGUGAAAAGGUCGUCAGGGGAGACGAGGAGCGGGGACAAGCUGGAGCUGACCAUGAGCAACAUCGGAGCGGACGUUCUGGAGCUGCUGUUGGAGUUUGUCUACACGGGCUCGCUGGUUAUUGACUCGGCCAAUGCCAAGACGUUGCUGGAAGCGGCCAACAAGUUCCAGUUCAACACCUUCUGCAAAGUCUGUGUGUCCUUUCUAGAGAAACAGCUGACAGCAGGAAACUGUCUGGGCGUGCUGGCCAUGGCUGAGGCUAUGAGAUGUACAGAGCUCCAUAAUAUGGCCAAGGCCUUUGCCCUGCAGAACUUCCCAGAGGUGGCAGGGCAGGAGGAGAUCCUGAGUGUGUCUAAAGAUGACCUGGUAGCUUACCUGUCCAACGACAGUCUGAACACCAAGGCUGAGGAGCUGGUCUAUGAGACUGCCAUCAAGUGGAUCAAGAGAGACCCCAACACCAGAGUACAGCAUGUGUCAGAGUUGUUGGCGGUGGUCCGUCUCCCCUUCAUCCAUCCGUCCUACCUGCUGAAUGUGGUGGACAGGGAGGAGCUCAUCAAGACGUCGGAGGCCUGCCGGGAUCUGGUGAACGAGGCCAAGCGUUACCACAUGCUGCCGCACGCACGCCAGGAGAUGCAGACUCCCCGGACCAGGCCUCGGCUCUCCGCAGGCGUGGCGGAGGUGAUCGUGCUGGUGGGGGGACGCCAAGCCAUCGGGAUGAACCAGCGCUGUCUCACUGCCGUCACCUGCUUCAACCCUCAGAACAGUAAAUGGUAUCCCCUGGCCAGCCUGCCCUUCUACGACCGCGAGUUCUUCAGCGUCAUCUCUGCUGGGGACAAUAUCUACCUGUCAGGAGGGACGGAGGGGGGCGUGACGGUGGCUGACGUGUGGUGCUACAUGUCUCUGCUGGACAACUGGAACCUGGUGUCCCGGAUGACGGUGCCUCGCUGCAGACACAACAGCCUGGUGUAUGAUGGAAAGCUGUACGCCAUCGGAGGCCUGGGCGUGUCUGGAAACCUGGACCACGUGGAGAGGUACGAUACCAUCACCAACCAGUGGGAGACGGUGUGUCCCCUGCCCAAGCCCGUCCACUCUGCGGCCGCCACCGUGUGCGGAGGGAAGGUGUUUGUGUUCGGGGGCGUGAACGAGGCCGGCAGGUCAGCGGGGGUGCUGCAGUCCUACGUCCCCCAGACCAACACCUGGAGCUUCAUAGAGUCGCCCAUGAUAGAUAACAAGUACGCCCCUGCGGUGAGUCUGAAUGGUUUCAUCUUCAUCCUGGGCGGGGCCUAUGCCAGGGCCACCACCAUCUACGACCCUGACAAGGGCAACAUCAAGGCAGGACCCAACAUGAACCACUCCAGACAGUUCUGCAGUGCAGUGAUCCUGGACGGGAAGAUCUACACCACAGGGGGCAUCGUGAGCAGCGAGGGUCCUGCGCUAGGCAACAUGGAGACCUUUGACCCCUGCUCCAACAGCUGGACCCUACUCCAGUCCCUGCCCUGCCCGCUUUUCAGACACGGCUGUGUGGUCAUCAAGAAGUACAUCCAGAGUGGCUGACACGGCCUCAGAGCCAGAGCCGUCUGCUGACUGCGUCUGCUGGCUCUGGUUCAGGGACACCAACUUAGGGGGCCGUCCCAUGGCCAGCGUCUGCCUAUCCACAACCCAGCCCCGCCGUACCCCCUCCCCCCCCCCCACCCCCUCCACCCACCCUGUGCAGAAUGUAAACUGCCUGGCCCAGGGGGCCAUGUCAGGCAGCAUCAGAUGCCUGAGCGACUGUCUGUUCUAUGAUGUCGCAGAUCCCUCACUUUACAGCCACAGGGACAAGCGAAAUCCAACACUAUCUCCCUGGUUUGAUUGGAAUUAAGGCUUUGUUUAUGCGAAACGUCCUUUGAAAUGUAUUUUAACUGGCAGCCCUUUUUUUAUGUUUUCUUCACGCCUCUCGUUUGUGGCGUCUGUCUGUCAUGUAGAUUGUUGCUCCACUGUUGAGAGAAACGAGCUGUCUUGGUGGUUUCUGGGCUUGUUCAGUAGUGACAUCUGCAGGACAGGACCAUGCGCUCAGGGUCCGGAGCAAGCUGGUAGGAUAGUAGAAUUCAGGAAACCUAUGUCUCACUAACCCGAUAUGGGGGUGGGGUGUCAUUAAAUGUGAUCCCUCGAUUUGAAAAGGAUUCUCACGGUCUCUGGGUCAGACAGAGAAUAUAUUGAUACUGGACUUCCCGGUGGGAGGGCCUGGUGGAGAGAGAACCUUCCAGAACCUUCCGUCAGGACAGUCCACCCCGACAAAGCACAAUAGUCCCUGUGGCUCCAGCCACAUCACGGUUGACCUCGAUUUCAGUUGGAUUUUUAUUCACAGUUUCUUUUUCUUCUCAUCCUUUUUUUUUUUAAACAUGUAUUAGCCUGGCAACCCACAGGUGACCAUGUUGGGUUGGUUACGGUCAUGGGGUUCGGGGACAUUCUGUAAAUAUGGGGAGGAAAUAUGUAUAUUUUAAAACCUAAAGGUGAUUCUGUAUAAAUGUUUUUAGAAAAAAAAAAUCUGGAUAGGUUGGACUAAAAUGGUAUGUCUGUAAAUCUGUACCCAAAAAGACAAAUUAACAAUUGUUAUUAUUGAAACAUAAUACAUAUACCAGAAUAUGAUAAAUGGCUUGAGUCGUCUGUUUUGUCAAAGUGAAUCAAAUCGAAUGGAGUCAUUCUUCUGACACGAAGCCUCCUGAAAGGGCUGUUUGAACUCAACACUGGCACACACCAAAUCUCAACAUGGCAGUUUGAAUUAUUGUGUAGGUCAAGCUGUCCGACACUUCAUCUGAAUGAAGCUAACAUAUGAUCCAACAAUGAAAUCAAGCUCAUUAAAUAAGCAGAAAGCUAUUCUCUAUAAACAAGUCUCACUAACUUGAAGAAAAAGAAGGAAUGUAUUAACAACAAAGUACAAUUUGAACCUUUAUUCAAGUAUAUCACAGCAGUUCAUUUCUGAAAUACAGUAAAUGUUUCAUUUCAAAUAUAACUUCCACAAAAGUAAUAUGAAUAGGGGAAGAAAGGGCUGUUAAAUACACUUUGUAUGUCAAAAUAAAAUCCCAAAACAUGGCAAAGCUACCAGAUUUAAAGGUGGAAAAACUGAGUAUUCAAUUUAAGGUAAACAUAACAAAAAACAAUUAAGUUGUGAUGAGAAACCUCCAUUCAUUCUGCAUACUGGACUAAAUCGUCUACCAGACAAAAAUUGGUGUUUGUCCAAACUAACUGAAAUGUAUAAUAAAGAAUACCAAGAGAACAUGAUAAUGUAUGACAUUUUGCUCCCCAUCCUUUAUAUCCUAAUUCAAUGUAUCUUUAUCAAAAAAACGAUGUUUUAGCUGAAGGUGGACAGACCGACUAACAAAGCAAAUGCUUACAAACUUUAAUAUUUUUAGUCACUUGUUUUCCACUCUAAACCUACAAACCCAUUUUGAUGAAACUUGAGUAAAUUAAGUCAAGCCAAGUGAAUCUCAUCCAGUAUGCCACAGUCAAUAACCACAAUGUAAUAGAAACAUCACCACAAUGGAAUAAAUAGAAAAUUGGGUUGUUUGUAAGUAUACGCAUGUGGAA